CGGGGAUCUGAUGAGCUUCUUUCUUCUGGUGUCAUUAACGGACCUUUUACCAUGAACAAUUCUACUCCUACAGGUGUGUAUGAUAAUUGAAGGAGGAUUCUGGGAAUAGUGGAGUAAGAAGCACCAGGAAUCUGACUCCCUGCCUAGACAACAAUUGCACUAACAGACUCUUUCUGUAAUUUGGAACUCUGGAGUCUAUUGAAAACUUGCAAGUUGUUCCAGAGGAAGACUUGGAAGCUAAUGGGAAUGACAACAAGAAAUUUAAAGGAGAUAGACCUCCCUGUUCGCCUUCCCGUGUUCUCCAUCUUCGCAAAAUUCCAAGUGAUGUCACCGAAGCAGAGGUCAUAUCAUUAGGUCUACCAUUUGGCAAAGUUACUAAUCUUUUGAUGUUGAAAGGAAAAAGCCAGGCUUUCUUAGAAAUGGCUUCUGAGGAAGCUGCGGUUACUAUGGUGAAUUAUUACACUCCUGUUACUCCUCACCUUCGAAGCCAGCCUGUUUUUAUUCAGUAUUCCAAUCACAGAGAACUUAAGACUGACAAUCUACCUAAUCAAGCUAGAGCCCAAGCUGCAUUGCAGGCUGUCAGUGCUGUCCAGUCGGGAAGUCUGGCCCUUCCUGGAGCUCCUACCAAUGAAGGCACAAUCCUACCUGGGCAGAGCCCUGUGCUCCGAAUAAUUAUUGAAAACCUCUUUUACCCUGUUACUCUGGAAGUUCUUCAUCAGAUAUUUUCCAAAUUUGGCACUGUCUUGAAGAUUAUCACCUUUACAAAGAAUAAUCAGUUUCAAGCCUUGCUUCAAUAUGCUGACCCAGUGAAUGCACAUUAUGCCAAAAUGGCUCUGGAUGGCCAGAAUAUCUAUAAUGCAUGCUGCACUCUGCGUAUUGACUUCUCCAAGCUCACCAGCCUUAAUGUGAAAUAUAAUAAUGACAAAAGCAGAGACUUCACUCGUUUAGACCUUCCUACUGGUGAUGGCCAGCCAUCCCUUGAACCCCCUAUGGCCGCUGCUUUUGGUGCACCAGGUAUAAUUUCUUCACCCUAUGCAGGGGCAGCUGGAUUUGCCCCAGCCAUUGGAUUUCAUCAAGCUACAGGAUUAUCAGUCCCAGCUGUUCCUGGAGCUCUGGGCCCUCUCACAAUCACCUCCUCUGCUGUCACUGGAAGGAUGGCUAUUCCUGGGGCUGGUGGUAUACCAGGAAAUUCUGUUCUGCUUGUCACCAAUCUCAAUCCUGAUCUUAUCACACCACAUGGGCUUUUUAUCCUGUUUGGAGUAUAUGGUGAUGUACAUCGAGUGAAGAUUAUGUUUAAUAAGAAAGAAAAUGCUUUGGUUCAGAUGGCAGAUGCGAGUCAAGCUCAGCUAGCAAUGAACCACCUGAGUGGACAGAGACUUUAUGGAAAAGUACUUCGCGCUACACUGUCCAAACAUCAGGCAGUUCAGCUUCCUCGAGAGGGACAAGAAGACCAAGGUCUGACUAAGGAUUUUAGCAAUAGUCCUUUGCAUCGCUUUAAAAAACCUGGCUCUAAAAACUUCCAGAAUAUCUUUCCACCAUCAGCUACCCUGCAUCUUUCCAACAUUCCCCCUUCUGUUACAGUGGAUGAUCUGAAGAACCUUUUCACAGAAGCGGGAUGUUCAGUGAAGGCUUUUAAAUUCUUUCAAAAAGAUCGCAAAAUGGCACUCAUUCAGUUGGGAUCUGUGGAAGAAGCAAUCCAGGCCCUCAUUGAGCUUCAUAAUCAUGAUCUUGGAGAAAAUCACCACCUCAGAGUUUCCUUCUCAAAAUCUACAAUCUGAUUUUUCUGUGAAUUUUUCUCCUAAGACUGGACCAUAAUUUCAGUAAAACCUUCAGACAUAGACUGAAGCAGCUCAAGACCAAUUCUGCCUCUUUCACGAAAGUAACUCUGGUUUGAUAUUCAAGUAUAUACAGAAAAUCAAGGGAUAUUCUUUUCUUUUUCUUCUUUUUUUCCAUUUCUCCCCCCUCUUGCCAGGAUGUGAUCAAAGGUUUGUUUUUCCUUUGUACCAUAGUUUCUAUGAAAAUAACCUUCAGGAAAUUUUUUUUUUUCAAUAAUUUAAUUCCCUAUACUAAGUUAGAUUUCAAGAGGACAGACUUUCUUUUAGUUUGGGUCCAGAUCAGCCUUAUAAAACAUUUCUAAAAUCCUUUGUACUUUGGAAAAAUUUAAACAUACAGACUUUUAAAAUUACUUACAACCAGGUUUUUAACUUUAUGAUUCAGAAGUUCAACCCCUAUAGGAAAUUAUGUCCACUUAUAAAUUAUAUUAAUUAUUUAGCAUAUAUUGAUAGGUAUACACAAACAAAUUGGGUUGUAUUAGAAGAAAAUUUAUAAACUUGCAUGUUUUCCUUCAAUGGUUUCUUUUUUUCACUGCAGGACACUCCUUGGAAUAAUACAUAUCUUUAAUUUUUUAAAACUAUUUGGAGAAAUGAAGUGUCUCAAUUGUCCCCAAGGAAAUUAAAUAGAAUCCAAGCUCUAUUAAGGUGUCAAAAUAAUUAUUAAUUUUAUUAGGAAAAAUCAUGGUUUAAAUUUCAAAAUGACACUAUUUGCUGAGUAAUAUGAUCUUGGAAAAUUUAAAAAGAAAAUCUUACUUAUAAACUACUUUUUUAUAAUUGUUUUCAGAAAAAAAAAGUUUACAGUCUUAAGGAAAAUAUUCAGGUCUAUCAUGGUUUGACAGAUUUUUUAAAAGUUAUUUUUGGUAAGGUCUUAUUUUAGAAAAAAAUUAAUCUCAAGGGUUUUUUGUACCACUAUAAUCUCUAAUACUUAUUCAGAAUUACUGUGUAUUUACUUAAUUUCUUAUGUGCCUUAUUAUGUGCUUAUGAUAUAAUAGGUUAGAAUUUUAUCUGAAUAUCUUGAAAGCUAUAUUGUGGGCUUGGUGAGCAUUUUGUUUUUCUUUCCCUGUUUUGGUAAGGAUUUUAAAGUUUUUUCAUUGCAAUUUUAAGUGGUUUUCAAUAAGUAAUAGUUUUUAUUCAAAUUUUUGGUGCUUUGGUGCAGAGAUGGGGUAGGGAAGGGUGAAUGGUUUGGGUAAUAACUCAGUGCACACCUGUAGGCCUCUUUACAUUGUGACCAGUAGUGGUCGUGCAGUCCUUGACAGAGCAUACCAGUUUGGUACUAUAAAAUGCAGUCUCAGUUUCUGGAUCUUGUCUAAUCUUUCUCACUCAUUAGAAUUUGUCUCAGGAUUACUUGGUUUUUCUCAGUUCUCAAGUGACAUGCUUUUCUUUGUUACUAUAACUUCAUUACUGAGUGGCCCGCCUACAUGGAAUAUGACGAGGUGGGGUCCUUUUUUAUACUCUGUCCCUCUCUGUGGUUGAGUGUAAGAAUACAUUUUCAUGUUGCUUCAGUGAUUGUAUAAUGUAAAAUUAUUUCUUUUUAAUUAGAAACUUUACAUUCUUUAAUUUUUUUCAGUGCUUGAUCGGAUUUUUUUAAGAAGCAGAGUUUAGUAAAGGGGUCAUUUUUGUCCAUCCUUUUUACAGUUUUUAGAUCCUCAGAGUAGCUCAUCUCACCUUCAAAAAUUUCCAUUUCUUUGCUAUAUUCCAACCAUUAGCUUGAAUGUUGAAAGAUUAUUUAAAAAAAUUGGAGACUACAGGAAAUACCAUAGGUUAUUAAAAAGCAGAAUUCACUCAACACUGAACAACAGGUAGUUGGUACAUAGAAUAGGAAGGAGGACACUAAAUUGAAACCUUUCAAAUGAAUCCAUUUUAGCAUUGACUGAAGAGAUAGGUAUAAUCAUUUAUAUAGUUUUUAUUUUUUUCACUUAAUGUGUUUUUACUAAAACACUUGAGUAAAGGGGGAGGG